AUGGCCUCAGCUGUGGGCUCUGUUCGGGCUCCUACUAUCUCUGGCGACGCCCGCAACGUCCGUGACUUCUACGAAAAGUACGUCGACAUCAUCGACGCCUCCGGCACCCAAACUGGCCACGAUAUUCCUGCCAACAACGAGAAGAAGCAGUGGCCCUCCUCCGCCCAGCCCAACACCAACGUAGACUCGAGGCGUCGACCAGCGCUGUUCAGCCUCUGGCAGAAACUCAACGUUACCACGCUCACCCUCGUCGCCGCCUUCCUCUGGUGCCUAUAUUGCGAUGUCUCUUCAAUCUGGGGGAUCUUCUAUUUGAUCCAUGUCGCCGACUUCUCUGACGUGAUACAGCUCGUUUGGGUGGUGUCCUUGGGGGCCUUGGUUUACCUCAUGAAUGGGUUUCUUGUCCUUACCUUUUGCGUCAUCAGCGGCUCUCGUGCCUCGCCUUUCUUGGCCCAAAUAGCCUGCGGUACCUGCUCAGAUGAGCAAGAUGAGAAGGCGGAGGAUUCGGAUGCCGUUUCGAAGCCAGUGGUGGUGGAUGAUGACUCCGACAGCGGCUGGCUCGAGGCGUGUACGAGCCCCAAGGCGAUUGCUACGCUUAUGAAAAUCCAGCUGGUGGUCCUCUUCCUUGCUGUGUGGCCGCUCGCGUUGGCUCUGAAUAUCGGACUUUUGAUCUGUGGUGGUGUUAUCAGGCGCGGUGAUGGCUUUGACGAGGAAGACAUUCUCGUUGAUGUCUCUGGUGCCGGUACGCGGGCUCCGGCUCCGGCUUCGACGAGGCCCUAUGGUCAGUGUAAGAGUACUUCUGAGAAGGGGCCGCUGCUCGGAAGGAGGCUGACUGCGGCAGAGAUCGUGGCGAUUGAGAAUGAUCUGGCGGCGAAGGAGGUGCGGAGGACGUGCAAGCGCCCCAUGGUUGAGCAGAAGCCGUAUGCCCCUGUAAAGCAGUAG